AAACACACGAGAGAAGCAGUCAGGCCCGCGGAGCAGCACGUCCAGACGGGGUAACGAAGCCUCUUUCAGAGAUGGGCUACUUCGCCCAAAGAGGAAGAAGACGCGUUUGAACUGUGCAGCUACAGCCUGGACUCGGCGUGCUGUUUCUAAACGCUCACAUGCAAGAGUUAUUUGUUGUUUAAAAUGUGGGAGAUGGUGGCGUUACCGAGAGCGAGCUCUCCCUUCCUGUCGUCUAGGACAAGAUGGCAGCAAUGCAGGCGGACUGUGCAUGGUAUGGAUCUAUAAGUCCAUAACAUGUCCAGAGAAGCCCGGGAUUAUACUUACAGUGACUCUAUGUGAAGGUAUGGCCUCACAAGUCCUGGUCUACCCACCACACAUUUAUCAAACCCAGACAAGUGCCUUUAGCAGUGUGAAGAAACUCAAAGCGGAGCCCAGCAGCUGUGUGUACCAUGAGAGAGCACACCUGUCGACUUAUCUGAACCGCAGAACCCUUGGAAUCGUGCACCCGACCAAACAAGCGCGCUCGUUUGUGAUCCCUGACUCGGCGGCGGGUGUGAAAGUGCGCGGAGGGCAACAGUACCCGGUGCAGACGGUGGUGGUGCGUGGUGUACAGAGACAAGAGACUGGUAAUAGAGGAGGAGGAGGAGGAGGAGGAAGAGGAGGAGGAGGACGACGAGGCCCGGCUGCGGCCCAGCAGCGACAGGACACCGGGGUAGUCCACUCGCAGGGCAGGGAGGAGCAGCAGCAGCAGACAGACACAGCAAGUGGGGGCAGCAGUGGAGCAACAGGGGCAGGAGGAGGGGGAAGGGGAGAGCGCCGCAGUGGAGGGGGAGAGGAAGAGGGUGACAGAGAAGAGGACUGUGGAGGUUUGAACUCAGCCGACGGCUCCCAGCGAUGCGGGCUGAAACGCAAGAGUGAGGAGCUUGAUAACCGAGGGAGCACCAUGCAGAUUGUGGAGGAGCUGACGAUGCUGCCUGCCAUGAUGCAAACAACGAAUGUGGGGAACGCGGCCGCGGGGGCCGCGGGGGGGCCCUCGAAACAGGGUGCAGGAGGGAUGGGAGGAGGGGACGGGGACUAUCAGGUGGUACAGCACGAGGUCCUGUGCUCCAUGAAGAAUACUUAUGAAGUGCUGGAUUUCUUGGGCCGCGGCACCUUUGGCCAAGUGGUGAAGUGCUGGAAGAGGGGCACGGGCGAGGUGGUGGCUGUGAAGAUCCUGAAGAACCACCCUUCGUACGCGCGGCAGGGUCAGAUCGAAGUGGGCAUCCUGGCCCGUCUGAGCGCGGAGAACGCCGACGAGCACAACCUGGUGCGAGCCUUCGAGUGUUUCCAGCACCGCAGCCACACCUGCCUGGUGUUCGAGAUGCUCGAGCAGAACCUGUACGAUUUCCUCAAGCAGAAUAAGUUCAGCCCGCUGCCCCUGAAGGUGAUCCGCCCCGUGCUACAGCAGGUAGCCACAGCUCUGAAGAAGCUGAAGAGCAUGGGUCUGAUACAUGCAGACCUCAAGCCGGAGAACAUCAUGCUGGUGGACCCAGUGAGACAACCGUACCGGGUGAAGGUGAUCGACUUCGGCUCCGCCAGCCACGUGUCCAAAGCAGUGUGCUCCACGUACCUCCAGUCUCGGUACUAUAGGGCUCCAGAGAUUAUUUUGGGAUUGCCGUUUUGUGAAGCCAUAGACAUGUGGUCCCUCGGCUGUGUGAUAGCUGAGCUUUUUCUGGGCUGGCCCCUGUACCCCGGGGCCCUGGAGUACGACCAGAUACGCUACAUUUCUCAGACGCAAGGUCUGCCAGGGGAACAUCUUUUGAAUUCGGGGACAAAGAAGAUGCGGUUCUUUUGCAAAGAGUCCGACUCACCUUAUGCAGCAUGGAGACUAAAGUCAACAGAUGAGCAUGAGACGGAGACUGGAAUGAAAUCAAAGGAAGCCCGGAAGUACAUCUUCAGCUGUUUGGACGACAUAGCGCACGUGAACUUGGUGAUGAAUCUGGAAGGUUGCGACGUGUUGGUGGAGAAGGCGGACCGUCGAGAGUUUGUGGGCCUGCUGAAGAAGAUGUUGUCGAUCGAUGCGGAGGAGAGGAUCACCCCUGCAGAAGCUCUCAGCCACCCCUUCGUAACGAUGCAACACCUGCUCGACUUUCCCCACAGUAACCAUGUGAAGUCAUGUUUCCACAUCAUGGAUGUUUGCUGGACUCGCCCCAGUGCAUACGAGGCGGCCAACAGAAACAAAGGGCCUUUCAUCCGAACUGUUACCACGACAGCUGCUGCCUCUGUCAACCACCCAUUCAGCAAGAUUACCGGUGUCCACUCUCAAGGAUUAGCCCCAUCAGCCCAAUCAGUGAUGCACCCUGGUAUACCACUGCAGACAGGAAGUGGACAGUUUGGAUGCAGCGAUUCAUUUCCACAGGCACUCAUUCUGUGUCCCCCAACCAUUCAAGGAAUCCCCACAAACACAGCUAAACCAACAGGCUACUCUGUUCGAAUGGAGGGAUCUGUGCCUCUGGUCACUCAAGCACCUUCCAUCCAGCCCAUGCAACUCAGGCCUGGCGUCAUCACACAGGCCUGGUCCAGCCGUGCACAGCAGAUCUUGGUGCCCACUUGGCAGCAGGUGACAUCAGUGCCUCCACCACCAACCACGUUGGCAGCUGACUCCGUGGCCGGCUCACAAAGAUUGGGUGACUGGGGGAAAGUGCGUCCCCAUGGUAACCAUUACAGCUCCAUGAUUGCUCACUCUCAGCCAUUCUUAACCAACCAAAUGGCCAUGUCCACCCACCAGCCAAUCAACAUAGGCAUUGCACAUGUGGUGUGGCCACAGCCAGCUGCCAACAAGAGAGCCAAGCCUUGUGUGAACAGGGGCAGCAACUUCUCCCAAAACACAAGCGUCCAAAAUAUAGCAUGCCAGUCCCCAAAGAUGGCCGAUACAGCAAAGAAUGUGCAGCAGGUGGAAGCCAGAUUCCCAGAGGAAGGGCAUUCUGCUGGAGAGGGGCCAGGAACACAGCAGGUGGAGGAGGAGGAUGAGAACUGCUGUAAAGUGGAGCCGGACUGUGAGGAGCUGUCAGUUUCUCAGGAGCAGCGGCAGGCGAUGGUGAUCUCUGACUUAGCUAGCCCGACUGUUAGUGUCAUCAGCAUCAGCAGCGACGAAGAGGAGAGCGCUCAAAGACACUCAAUGGGGGAGUGUAAGGGCAGUGCGGCUUGUGAGGCGUGUCAGAGCACAGUCAGUAUGGAGCGAGUCUGCUCCCUCAGCAGUCCGGACAGCACGCUCAGCACCAGCUCUUCGGCCCAGUCCAGCACCUCACCCUGCAAACACCCCAACAGUAUGUCGGACGACGAACAGGAGAGCGGUUGCGACACGGUGGACAGCUCGCCCGCCUCCAACGCCUCUGGCCAUAGCAACAGCCCCUUCGCACAGCAGCGCUUUAUCGCCGACGGCAACCACAACCGCGAGCCGCGCGUCGCGUGCGUCGCCCCGGAGACCGAGCCCAGCAGGCCGGCGGUUCGCACCGUGUUGGUGCCUCCAAUGAGAGUGCAGAACAACAACUACCCUGCUGUUAGCGAAGCAUACGGCCACUCAGGUCACAUGGCCUGGGAUUACGCUGUCUUUGUAGACCACAGAGGUUCUCACAGAGUCUACAUGCCUGUCCAAAAGGUGGGGCCUUCCUGGGCGACAUCAUCACCAGUCAACUCCCCUCCUCAACAGGCCGCAGAAGCUGCCCCCUGCAUUCCAGCCCCAGCAACAGCAGCCUAUAGGCUUUGGGCAGGUGCAGCAUUUUGGAUCCUGCCACCAGGAAUGGAACGGCAACUUUGCCCACCGGAGACCACAGGCCUAUAUUCCUCCUACAAUGCAUGGGCACACAUUCACCCUGUCCCACAGCAGCCCAAACCACACCACGGGCCCCCACCCCCACCCCCACCUUGGGGGCCACCCGCACACGCAGCCCACCUUACUCUCCUACCCCCCGCCUGGCCCUCUGGUCACGGCCGCGCCCGUGGCCCACCUCCUGGCUUCCCCCGUAGCCUCCCGCCCCGUCCUCCAGCCCACCUACAGCAUCUCCCACCCGGCAGGCAUCGUGCACCAGGUCACAGUGGGCCUCAACCACCGACUGCUGCCCUCCCCCACCUUGCACCCGCAGGGACCAUUCAAGCCCCUCUUUCCUUCCUACAUUGCCUCCCCCGCCUACGCCAGUUUCCCCCUCAGCCCCACCAAAAUAAACCAGUACCCUUACAUCUGAGCAUGGCUGCCCAGGUUCCCUUUACACCACCCGAGGGCUGAGUGAGCAGGGCGAAAUCCAUCUUAGACCACAUGGUUCUCAUUUCCAAAACCAUGGCACAACCACAGAGAAAGCAAGCUAUUUUUUGAAUCAUGUAGACUUGUGUGUAAUUGAACUUCAAGCUUUAAAAAAAAAAAAAGAAGAAGAAGAAGAAGAAGAAAAAAAAAAGAGUACCAAUGGUGGAGAUGAUUUUGGCAAACAUUUAGAAGGAAAUAGUGUAUGAAUGAUCGGAUGAAUGAGUAGUUAAACUCACACUUAAUGUGUAUUUUGCACAUUUGAUAUAUAUCUUUGCAUUGGAUCUUCUACGAAUACUCCUCAAACAGGUAAAAUAAUUGGGGUGGUGUUGAAUAGUUAGACUUUGCACCCCUGAUCCCAGCUAUUUUUCUAUAUUGCCUUCUUACGUGUGCAAGACACAUCCAUAUUUGUAAAGCCAUCCCAGUCUCUAGCUCUAGAUUGACCGAUUCACAAGUUGUCCAGUGUAUGUUGUACUGCGUUUGAAGUAUUUGUACCUUUCUCGGUGUCUUUCGGUGUUCGCAAUGUCAAGUCAAAUAACCCGUUUGUAUAGGGUUGUUCCUCACGCUGCAUGUGGUCUUGCAUGAGCAAAAAUGUAAACGGAAAGAUGCAUAGACGUUGCUCUUAUUGUUUGUGUCACAAGACUCGCUGCAUUGUAUAACUGUCCCCAGCCAUAGUGCCUUACAUAUUUGAGGUUGUUAAUGUUACUACUUAUAUAUGACUAUAUACAUGAAUAUUAAUGUACUGGACUGCAGCACUUGAAAUUCCAUUCAGAUGCAUCCUAUGUGUGAGUGUAUAUAUAUAUAUGCACUCGUGUAUAUGUCCAUGCAUAGCCCGCAUGGAUGUGAAGCAUCGCGCAUAGCGGUGCUUACCUUUUUGGAGUCGGUGUAUAUUUCAGUGUGUAGUGAGUUACUUCUCUGUUCUUUCUACAAGAACAGCAUGCUUUGCCGUUGCGAAUACUUACCGUUUCAUUAAAAACGUUUUUUUUGUUCCCCUUCAUGUCCCUUUUCCCGAAUGAACUAGUGUACUAAGUGCAAGUACUGAGUAUUGCUUAAUAUUUGCUAAUCACUUUCUAUUUAGUGAAACUAUUAUUACAAACAGUAUUUGUACUGUUUAAUGAAACUGCAAUACAAUCGAAAUAGUCGUUGAUUUUGUUUUUGUCUUCGUACUUUUCUUUUUUUGAGUGUUUUCACUUUGUUUCUUAGAUGUGGUGGGCAUGGCUUUGAUUAGGUGAGGGAGAAAAAAAUGCAAAUUAAUUCACAGUAUGGAAUUUUCUAAGCCUGAGCAAACCAUGCAGUAUUCGAUAUACUCACAUAUAUGGAUAUAUAAUAUAGAGCUAGUCUAUUUAGUACAGAUGUUUGAUAAGGUGUGAGUUAAUUGUGUGCAAUUCUCUCAUUUAUGCAUGUGUGACAAAGUUAACUUUUCCCCUUUACAUUAUACCAUUUGUCAAAGGCUUAAGGCUUAUCAGUGUCGACUGCUAAUUUUAUACAUUCCGUCAGGGAGGAUAUAUACAUAUAUGGUAGCACCAGUCUAUAUAUAGAUAUAUAGAUAUCUAUGUAUAGAUAUCUAUAUAUAUGCAUAUGUGUAGAUAUGCCGUGCGUGCAUUUUAUCUGUUCAUUUUACUAGUUAAGCGUGUAUUUUUUGUCUUUUAUUUUCAAAUGAAGUUGCUUGUGCAGCACCAAAGACUGUAAUUCAUUUCCUGAGCAAGGUAGCUAUUCAGUUUGCAUAGACCUCAGUUAUAAUGUAGUAUUAGAAUGGGGUUGAAUUAAAACAAACAAAAAAAAUAGUAUUUAAACAAAACAAAAAAAACUGCAAUGGUUUUGUCUAGCUUAUUGGGCAAUUAAUAAGUCGUAUCAUUUCUUUCUUGAAUGUAUCAUAGAUAAGCUGCUACAUGAUGAUUGCCACUUCGAUAGCUGUGAAAUUAGGUGAUUUCUCUGAGUUUAAACCUAGUGUUGCUUUUUUUGUAUAGGUCCCUAAUUAUCUGAAAUAGAAGUGGUUUUGAUUUUUGUGUUUUGCGUUCAUAUUUGGAGUGUCAUUGUAACUACUGUACUGCUGAUGAUGAACAUUAGUUGCAUUUGUUGUUUUCUCGGGGUGUGUGUGUGUGUGUGUGUGUGUUUUGCAUCAGUAUUUUAUCCUUAUUAACCUUUUGGGCUCAUCACUGCUUAUAUAUAAUGUAUCGAUGUAACUUAAUUUUUUGUAUGUUUUCAUAAUGAUGUUUUGUACACAUCUGAAGCUGUAGCUUGCAGGAUUGAUUUCACGUUUUCAUUGCACGUAGAUACAGUAUAAUACCAGUAAUCUCUUCUGUGUCACAAGAGCACUGUGAGAUGCCAGAAAAAAAACAAACACCUAAACAUAACGUUCCUUUAGUAGCUUUUGUUAUGUUUCCACCAGUUACACACAAACACACUCGCCACUAAGCACUCACACAUGUGGGAUUAAGUUUGGGGCAAUUAGACUAUUUGUCCAAAAAACAAAUUAGCCCAAUGUUUCUGUUCCAAAAUAAUGUUUUAAAACUUGUUUUUGCCGUUGAAUUGAUUUAAACAAAUCUUUAAUGCAACCGUUCUAACUGUUCAAUGUUGUAUCUGGCGAGAAUAUCAGCCUGUUUGUUCUUCUAAACAGCCGUGUGCUUGGAUCGCUCUCCCCUUUACGAGUGUCUCACAUCGAAAUGAUGUUUUAUCAACGCAGAACUGUGGUUAUUGUUAUGUGUUCCUUAAUGAAAUUGAGACAGUGUGAGCAGCACUGCGUAUGUGCCUUGAGCUUCAGAAAGUGAGAAUUCAAGAUGGUGAAUCCUCCCCUCGUAUUUGAUGAGAAAGGCAUAGAAUCCACUAAGAGGCCGUUAGCAUAGAGAUUGGGCGGCCUUUUAACGGUCACAGUACCUGGAAUACAAAAAAAAAAAAAACACAAAAUAGAA